AUGUUCCAGCCCCCCGACACAAGCACCCCGAGGACGCAUGAAGCACGCUCCGCCAGCCCUCAGAUCAGCUCUCUUACGUUCUCACCGACAACGCGCGACUCGAGCCGCAGCCCGGGACACGUCCACGCCGCUGCUGCCUGCAAAUUUGGCUUUUUGGUCCUUGAUCAUCACCGGGCGAUACACCGUCUCCGGUCCCCAUGUUUUCCCCGCUACUUCCCCAGCCCUGCCGCCCCUCGGGCCAGCCUGCUCCGAUUGAAAACUAUAGCUUGUCCAGUCACGGAUGGGGCGUGCUCCGCGCGCCUCGAGGGGGCGGAAGGAACAAGGCAUCUCCUGGUGAUCUCUGUUCUGGUGGUCAUUUGGACGGCGGUUUUGUGGUGCGGACAGAAAAGGGAGUCCAAACCGGCCGUCCAUCGUGGAGUGGGCGUCUUCACCGCAGGGGGGGGGAAUUUGAUGAUGAUGAAUGGGGUGUCUGCGCAAUCGCUUAACUGCGCGGCGGCAACGUGGGAUGUUGGAGCCGGUGGUGGUGAUGCGUUCGUUUUUAACGAGGGAUGGGCGGAUGGCAGUGCUGUCGGGACGUGCAGCUUCGCGGGCUGGAGGAGGAGCUGCAAGCCGCGGAGCCGCGGAGCCGCUACGGCGAGCAAGAUUUAA